CUAAGCAAUUCAGUCAUGUCUCGCUUUAACAAGCUAUUAGUUGUGCUUUUGGUCGCUGCUCUACAGAGCUGCCUUUUAGAGGCAGCUGCUGUAGAUCUGGAGAGAGCCACGAGCAGCAGUGACACCACUAAAGAUUGGUGGCAGGUAGCUCAGUUUUAUCAGAUUUAUCCACGCUCCUUCAAGGACUCCGAUGGCGAUGGCAUUGGCGAUUUACAGGGCAUCAUUUCAAAGCUGGAUCACCUCAAGGAUAUUGGCGUUACAGCCACUUGGCUAUCGCCUAUAUUUGCCUCACCCAUGGCUGACUUUGGCUAUGACAUUUCUGACUUCUUUGACAUUCAGCCAGAGUACGGCACACUCGAUGAUUUCGAUCAGCUAAUCGCGGCAGCUAAUGAGCGGGGUCUCAAAAUCAUACUUGACUUUGUGCCCAACCACUCAAGUGACGAAAAUAUUUGGUUCAAGAAGUCGGUGAAGCGGGAGAAGGGCUACGAGGAUUAUUAUGUAUGGCAUGAUGGAUACUUGAAUGCCUCAACAGGCGUCCGGGAGCCGCCCUCCAACUGGCUACAAGCCUUUAGAGGCAGCGCCUGGGAAUGGAAUGACGAACGUCAACAAUACUAUCUACAUCAGUUUGCUGUCAAGCAACCCGAUCUCAACUAUCGCAAUCCCGCAGUCGUAGCCCAAAUGAAACGAGUCCUCACCUUUUGGCUGAAUCGCGGCGUUGCUGGUUUUCGCAUUGAUGCCGUGCCCUGGUGCUUUGAGGUGGUGCCUGAUGCCGAAGGUCGUUAUCCUGAUGAGCCAUUAAGCGGCUAUACGGAUGAUCCCGAUGAUUCGUCCUACUUGAAGCACAUCUACACUCAGGAUCAGCCCGAAACUGUGGAUAUGGUUUAUCAGUGGCGAACUCUGCUCGAUGAUUACAAACGCAUACACGGCGGCGAUACUCGCGUCCUCAUGGUGGAGACUUAUUCAAGUUUGGACUACGUGAUGCAGUUCUAUGGCAAUCGCACCACAAAAGGAGCUCAGAUACCGUUCAACUUUCAAUUUAUUGUCGGUGGUAAUGGCGACAAGAAUAAUACGCUGCUGAAUGCCACUGGCUUUGUGAAGAUCAUCAAUAGCUGGUUGUCGCAGAUGCCAGCCGGGCAGACAGCCAACUGGGUGAUGGGCAACCACGAUCAACGUCGCGUGGGCAGUCGAUAUGGAGAGCAUCGCAUAGAUACGAUGAACAUGCUGCAAAUGUUUUUGCCUGGCGUGAGCGUUACUUACCAGGGUGAAGAGUUGGGUAUGACCGACUUGGAUAUCAGUUGGGCAGAUACACGCGAUCCGGCUGCCUGCAACUCCAAUGAGAGUAUCUACGAGCAGUUCACAAGAGAUCCGGCACGAACUCCCUUCCAGUGGAGCAGCGAAGCGAAUGCUGGCUUCUCCACCAACAGCAGCACUUGGUUGCCCAUCAAUCCCAACUAUGUGACUGUCAAUGUGGAGACAGAGACCGCAGCUGACAGCAGUCACCUCAAGUUGUACAAGCAGCUGGUGACACUGCGACAAACAAGGACACUGCAAUACGGCAGCACGAGGUAUGCGGCAGUAAAUGACAAUGUGGUGGCCAUCAAGAGAUCGCUGAGUGGCGAGACAAGCUAUGUGCUGGUGGCUAAUGUUCUCGAUACGAGUGUCAGUGCUGUGGAUGUUGCCACUGUGUUGUAUGCCACUGGCAGCUAUAGGAUCACGUUGGCUAAUCCUGAGGCAAACGCAGCGGUUGGGAGCAACGUAACAUUAAGUAGCCUUGCCUUGGAACCAUAUGCGACUCUGAUUCUGGAAUCUGUUUAGAUGGCCUUCAAAAUUAUGUAUACGUUUUUGUCAUAAGUUAUCAACAAUAUAUAUAUAAUAUAUGUGUA